GUUAGCACAAAGUGUCACUCGCAGCUCUCUCCAGAGGAAUGGAAAUUGUCAGCUUCAGAGACAACUGUCAGCCCGCGACAGCCUGACCCGCCUCGGAGGACACCUGGAAUGAAGCGCUCUUCAGCAUCACAGAGCAGCAUGAAGGUAAAUGAAGGAUAUACUCAGUAUAACACAAAUAAGGGCAUGAUGGGAAUUGAAGGGAUGAUCGCUGAGGUCUUGGAGGCCAGAGAGAGUAUCCUUUGCCCACUUGGGGAAUGUGAACCAUCUGAAGACCAUAGAGAUGCCUGUGAAAGUAUGACGAACACAGAACAAAAUGACGCCAGGUCUGCUCAAUGCGACGCCUCGUAUGCUAUGUGUCUGAAUAGAGCUCAUCCUACAGACCAAAUCAAACAAGAGAGACCCUGUGAGCUCUCGCACCUAUCAAACCCACCUUGCCAGAGCCUUUCAGGUAGUCAAGAGCCCAGGGCAGCCGCGCUCUCUGACACAGCAGUGCCACACAAUGGAUUCAAAAACUGUCUUUCAUCAUGGCUAUUAGACUCUAUGCACACCCCCUUCCCUGGGACUCAGGCAGCCAGCAGUAAUCAUACCUCUGCCCGAUUCCAGUCGAGUAACGGAAAGAAGAGAUGUUCUGCUUCAUCUGAUGGAAUUGAGACUGUGGGAAUUCUGAACAGCACAAGCAGGUUGCUUCCUCUCUAUGUUAAUGGUCUGCAUUUGUCACCCCCUAGAAUACUCUCUCACACAGGUGGCGUCCCUAACUCAAGUCCUCCAAAGGCUUCCCAGCCAGAAGAUCACUGUAGUCUGCCCUCUUCUGCCCUCUCUUUUCCACCCCUUCCAGAUGAAUGUGGAGACAGUCCUCUAGAGCAAGUGAACAUACCUUGUGCAGAAAGCAGUGCCAGUCACCUUCUGGGUAUCGCUUCCAAUGAUUGCAAUAAGCUCAGCUUCCUAAAAGAAGAACCUCAAGACAAUUUGCAGCAAGACCUACAUUCCCCCUAUCCUCUCUGCCUCCCAACCACCAUGUCGCCCAAGCCACUGCCCAUUGAAGAACAGGAUGAGCUUGGCAUGGGAGUAAGGAAGCAGUUUUGCCGCUGGAUAGAUUGCAGUGCCUUGUAUGAGCAACAGGAGGAGCUAGUCAGACACAUCGAGAAGACCCAUAUUGACCAGCGCACCGGGGAGGAUUUUACAUGUUUUUGGGCUGGCUGUGCAAGGAGAUACAAACCUUUCAAUGCACGGUACAAACUGCUCAUUCACAUGAGGGUACACUCUGGGGAGAAGCCAAAUAAAUGUAUGUUUGAAGGCUGCAACAAGGCAUUUUCGAGACUUGAAAACUUGAAGAUUCAUUUAAGGAGUCACACUGGGGAGAGGCCGUACCUUUGUCAGCACCCGGGGUGUCAGAAAGCAUUCAGUAAUUCCAGUGACAGAGCCAAGCACCAGAGGACACACCAAGACACGAAGCCAUAUGCCUGUCAGAUGCCUGGUUGCUGCAAGCGUUACACAGACCCCAGCUCGUUGCGGAAGCAUGUGAAAGCACACAUGGCUAAGGAACAGCACAUGCGGACUACGCUUCUCUCCAAGACGGUUCCAGUGAGGGAUUCUCCCAGUGACUGCUUGUUCUUGCAGAAACACCGUACACUGGAUGGGAAAUGGGCAAAAGAGAUCACGCAUGAGCAUCUCACCAGCACUAGAUCCCGAGACAUGCGGACAUGUACAACCAUGAAAGGUACAACCGUGAAAGGGUUGUACGCUUUCGGUUCCAGUACACAAAACAUCUCAGACUCAAGGUUAUUGUCUCCAGCUCCAGCCGCUCGCUCUCGGUGUCCUGGGUUGGGUCCUCCUUCCACAUCAGAGCCUGCCGGUGAAAGCUCUUUGGACGAGAUAUCCUCACAUGUCCGCUCUCAUGUCACUGGUCCCAUGAAGAUGGUGGCUUCCUCUCUGAAUGAAAACAGAGGUUCCUCCCCAAGAUCCCAACACAAAUCUAUUCCUCGGGGGCCGUACAUUGCAGGAAAACAUUACCCUCCAUUCAGUGCAGCUUCACCUCACUCCCAAGGGUUCCAGGGUAGCUUCGUACACUAUCCGGAAUUCUACAGAGAAACCAACUGCUUGAGCAGAGAGCCCCCGCAUCCAAAUCGGUACCAUAUCCCCAGCAGCCAGACCACAGGAUACGAGUUGCAAUCUGCAGACACGCACUACGUUAAUGAAGAAGUUGGUUCAGAACAAAGGGAUUUUUUCCCCGACACGGCUUUUGAUCACUGCCUCGUCCCAAUACCGUCCAUCUAUACUGACACCUAGAACGGGAUCUGGGUGGAUUUGUUUUUGUCCUGCCCUCUUUGGUUUAUACAGCGUAUUAAAAUGCAAUUUUACUACACUUGUUUUGUCUAAAUGUCCCAUUUUCACAAUGAAAAUUUUAUGUAUCACAAUCAUCAGCAGCUUUAAUACAAAUAAAUGGUUAUUGAGUAACUAACGCAAAACCCAGACAAUUCUUGGGCCAAAUGUUUGCUUUAGCCAGUAGAAAUUAGUGAAACAC